GCGGGUUGGAGUAUCCUCUUUUCUGUCAUUGCCGACCAGCGUCAUCGACUUGUAGAUCUUCAUAUCUCCAUGUGGUUCGCAGUUCUAUUCUUCUUCACGAUCAUUCUCUUCUUCGAGCGACGGAAUCGCUGUAAAUGCAGCUCGACAAUUGCUGCAACCCGCCGGGGCCGGUGGCUGAGCAGGCCACAGGAAUCGACACAGGAGGCCCAAAAAAGGGCUCGGCUGUUUCAAGUCGAGGCAGACCCAUGUUUGAGCAUGUCUAGUGGUGGAGAUCUGGCUAACAAGGACCACUUCUCGGUGCACGCGAACGUGUCAAGGCUUCGUCUAGCCGUUAUUUGGCGAGCGCCAGGCCAAUGAUUUAGGUGUGUUUGCCAGCUAGACAACUCCACGGCCAGGGAUCCGUGACCCUGAACGAGGCCUGUACGGAUUUGCGACUGUGAGAAUCCGUGACGAGCGUCGUGCUACUGGUAGCAGCCGUGAUAGUAACGGGCGAUGGUGAGGCUAGAGGCGACAUGCACCAGGAACAGGCAUAGAGAGAGAAAGUCUAGUGGUGUAAAUGGGGCAGGUUUGGGCUCCUGGCACUCUCCGACAACAGCGCAGUCCGCAGUCUACAGUCCACUACUGCCACUGCUGCUAUACCUCGACCUCAGCUGAUGAAGUCUCGCGCAGUUGCACACCAGGUAGUACUGUCGUGAUCUACCUCUCUACCUCUCUACCACCACUUCAAGCUGCUUGUUCAGCGACUCUUUCACUGUUCUCUCACUUCCUGACCAUUGUCGCUCACUUUCACUUCACUUCAAGACCAGAUUCUCUUCUACUCCCCUCUUACCAGGCUUCAGUCAACGCCUGUCGAACUUCGUCCCUUAACCUUAAUUCAUUCCUCAACCUUCCCUUCCGCUUUAUUCACCGCGCUCAUCGUUGGAUACGAUAUCUCUGCCCCGGAGGUAGAGUCGGACAUCGAGGUGCCAUCACAUUCGUCCGCUGCUCAAAGCGCCCAGGCGGACUUUUCUUUCCUGCACCUUCACUCCAGCUUGAUCUAUGUGAUCACUGUGGGAUUGAAGCUUCAAUUCUUUCAUCUCCCAUAUCCAACACCGCUCGCGCAGUUCCAUUUGCGACUUGUCAAACAUCCUCGUCCAGAUCUCGCAGGCGAUCCCGUCUCAUUGCGACAACGACUCAUUGUCAGCCAUCACCUUUCAGACCAAGACCCAAGCCUUUCCUCUUGUUGAAAAUCGGCAGAAGACCGCACGAUACAGACUUCUAGGACCUGCUAUCUGACUGUCGCGUGUCAGGAACACGCCUUUCCCAUGGAAUACUGAACCAAGACUGUCUCCUCCACAUUCACAGCUCACUUGAUACCGUCGCGACUGAGAUCGGAAGCUCCUAUCAUCGGCACUGGUUGCACUGACUCCCCAAGAUGGAUCCUGCUCGGCCGAAGCCAGCAAAACCAAACUUUGCCUAUCCUAAUUACAAGCAACAAAAACCUACCUUCGAAUAUGCUCAGCCCUCGCAGUACCAACAGUAUCAACAGUCCCAAGAGUUCCCCCCUCACCCUGGUGUCAGGCCAUCCUCCAGCGGCAAGCUCAGUGCUCGACAAGUACCCGCUGGUGUAGGUGUCGCUCCACCUCCAGUCAGACUCGAUGGCAAGCAGCGUUCACAGCAGAGCUCUCCUGCGACUGGGAUACUCGUUCAAGACUUCAAGUUUCCCACUGCACCUCCAUCUUCAAGACCAGGAAAAGUCAACCCAGAACAUUCGCAGCCUGCUCGCCGCCAAUACAACAUGAAUGAGUCCUACAUGUCUCCUGUGGCCGAAGAUUAUCCCAGCUCGGGCACGACCCCCGGCACUACACCAAGCUCCAAGUUCCAACGGAACCCUAUGUCGAGGGCGUAUUCGGGAUCAGUUUAUGCCGAGAGUGGUGUUCUUGGAAUUGAAGAACCUAGAGACCAUACUCCGCAGGGUAGCAGGCCAGGCACUCCGGACGAGAGUCCACAGAUUGUGCGACAGGCCAGUCUCGGAAAAAGAGCGAAGCCCGCCAUGACCACAAUCAAGAAUCGCGCCAGCCAUAUGGAGCAAGAUCUCCCCGAGAAUGCACCUGCUCCUGCGUCCACCGGCAGAAACGAGACAAUGAAUGCCCUCAGCGCAGCUGUUGCCGCUGGCAUCACCAGACCGCCUCUUGGAGACAGAACCGGGACCCCUGGCUCACGAAGUUAUACACCCGUGAGAAUGCCGUUCGACACCUCUCCGCCCGCAUCACCCUCCGCCGAUAGGGAGUUCCUACAAACCCCAAAGUCCCCUCGAACAAUUGCGUCGACUAAUAUGCUGGAGCAAACACCGGGUUCAGGACAUUCUCGACAAUCUACCAAUCCACUGCUCGGACUGGGCAUCGAACAGCCUUCGAUGAGUGACAAGAUUCCUCCGACUCGGCGGCCACCCAAGCUAGACAUGGGUGCCGUGAAAGAGGCGGAAAACAGGGGCAGUACAACCAGCCUGUCAGACCUGAUCAAGAGAGCCACGCGGCUAGCUGCAAACCUCGAUCGAGGCAGAACAGCGAGUCGCCUCGGAAUGCUGGACAUGUUUGGCAGCAGCGAAAAACUCGAUGGCAAAAACCGUCACUCUACCAUGUCGGACAUGAUCUCAGCCUUUCCAGCUCCGGCCGCUGGAGGGACCCCGACCCACCGAAAGGACUCUGAAUGGCCCCUGGGUGAGAAAGGCGGUGCCUAUGCAUCGACCACAGACCUGUCCAAGGAACCUCCUCCCAAGCAAAGACGCAGGUGUUGCGGUAUGACAAUGCCCGUCUUUUUCUCUCUUAUUGUCACCGUCAUCAUUCUCAUCGCUGCGGCUGUAUUGAUACCCAUCUUUCUAAUUCUUGUGCCGAAACAACACAAAGACGGCAAUGUCACAGGAUGUGCCUCCAGUCAUCCCUGUGGCAAUGGUGGGACCAGCAUCACCAGUGGUAGCACGUGUGCUUGCAUCUGCGCGAAUGGCUUCAUUGGAAGUCAAUGUGAGACGGCUGGGAACACCGACGAUUGCUUGAGACGAACUCUCAAGGACGGGACCACCGAGUACAAGAAUGCGACUAUUGGAUCAUCAGUGUUACCAUCUCUUACCGAUGGGCAGGAUCAGUUCAAGAUAUCGCUCAAUGUGUCUACCAUCCUCUCUGUCUUCUCCACAAACAAUCUCUCUUGUGCCAGCGAAAACUCACUUGUGGACUUCAACUCCAGCAGUAUCAACCAGAGUGGGAAAGCAAGACGAUUUGUUAUGCUCCCUGGCAUGGAAACCCCAGCAGUCAUGGACGGAAAUGCUCCUGGCGCGGACACUCCUUGGCUAGCUCAAGCGAGCGGGGUGCAGCCGGAAAGACGACAGAAUGAGGCAACAACAUCCAACGGCAUUGUCUUCCAAGCCACUUCUGCAUCGGCGAGCAGUGCCUCAAGCCCCACCGCAUCUGCCGAUACGGGAGUUGUAACAAGCUUGACUGGAGGGCCGAUUUCAGCCUCUUCAUCACCAACAGCCUCAGGAGCCACGCCAGCUUCCACCAGCGCCGUUGGAAACGGCAGCAGUGACGACGAUGGUUCGAUAUCGGACAAGGAGGUUGACUUCGCCAAAGUUGUGGUUCUCUAUGUGUUACAGGAAUCGCGAACCAUCAGUGUAGCAAUCAAUGCACAGCAACAGAUGGAAAGCUUCUUUGCCUCCAAAACUGCGGGCAAUUCCAACUCGACUGUCGAUGUCGGCACAGGGAAUCUCCAUCUCACCGCGGAUUUCAACAAGUUCUGUCUCAUCAGCGGUGAUGGUCAAGUGGUUAAAAGCAAAGACGACUAAACUAAGCCGUGAAUGAGUUGGGCCAACAACACAAGACAGCAACAGCAAAUUAAUCACAGCAGAGGAAGUGAACUGAGUCGGAAUCACAGUUGUUUUUGCUUUGGCGGACGGCGCACUGCAGAUGAAUGGGCUCGGUCGGAAUGGAGAUGGAAUGGCUGAACUGAUUGAUACCCUUGGUUACCACGUUAUCUUGUCUCUUGUCUCAGAGCUGGGAGUUAGUAGGUAGCGUGCAGAGAGAUGGGAUCGAUCACUGCAAUCAAGCGUUGAAUCAUCAAUCUUCUUUGUGUCUCCUGGACAGCACAGCGCAUGCAGCAUAUGUGUGCUGGUUUGCUUCGAUUCUUUUUUAUUUCCUUCUCUCUUCUUUCUAUGCAGCGGUGAUGGACGGCAGGAAUCACAAUCACAACUUAGCAAGCGAGCUCUGCGAAUUGAGAAUGGAGCAUGGCCAUUGGCAGCUUUUGCAGACGUUGAGCUGAAAUACAGUAGAAAGAAGGAAUGCAUUUAUUAUUGGCUUUUUCCAGCUUUUGCACCGAUCCCGGAGCCGGAGGGCAGCUCAGCUGGUAGCAGCC